AGCUACAAUGUCAAGCUCGCUUGUGAUUGCCCUAAUCAUCAUUUUUGUCUCUCUAAAUGAAGCAAAUGCUAGCUCAGCUCAGGCCCGGAGCAGCUGCCCUCCAGGCUGGUUCUACUACAAGUCUAACUGCUAUGGUUACUUUCGGCAUAAACUCAUCUGGUCAGAUGCAGAGGUUGAUUGUCAAGCAUAUGGACAUGGAGCUCAUCUUGCAUCCAUCCAAAAUGAUUUGGAAACCAGCAUAAUUUCUUCUCAUAUAAAAGCAUAUCAAAGAACUACUAAUGUCUGGAUUGGCCUACAUGACCCAGAACAGAAUAACCGUUGGAAGUGGACUGAUGGAGCAAUUUUCAACUAUAGAGCCUGGAGUUCUGGAAAACCAGACAACUACUGUGGCAAAGAAUUCUGUGGAGAAUUAUUAUCUUCUCAAAGCCUCUGUGUUUCACCAGGAUGUGGCCCUGCAGCAAGACCAAUGGGUAUAGCAGUGUAG